AUGAUUUCUAAUGUUGAUACAUUUUAGAUGUUUAACAUAAUUAAAGAAAUUUAUGAAAACGAAAACCAAAAAGUUUACAUCUCUAAUCUGAAAGAUAAAUUCAAGAUAAUAGUUUUAAAAGUUGAGGUUGGUAAUAAAAAGUACCUCUACAAUUAAUAUAUUAUACUUGACUAAUUGAAAUUCGUUUCAGGAGUACCAAAAAUACUGAACUAUGGUUACGUUGCAAAUGAAAAGUAUAAAAAAUCAUUAAUACAGGUUUUACUAUUCUAUUGAUUAUUAUGGUAAAUCAGUUGCUGAUAUUCUAAAUAAAUAUGGAACUUUAACCCUAUAAUCAGUAUUAUCAAUAGGAAUAUCUAUACUUAGAAUUUUAAGUGGAAUUCAUAGAUAAGAAAUUAUAUAUGGUAACAUUUGUCCUGAAAAUAUUGUUUUUUCAAAAGAAGGAGUAGAUCAUGAUUCUUAAUUACAUUUAAUUGGAUUUGGUUAAGCUUAUUUAAAAUAUGAAAAACCAAAAAGAUUUUAGAAUUAAAAGUCUUUGCCAUACUAUAUUCAAAACAAUCGUGUAUCAUCUAAGAAAGAUGAUUUAGAAAGUUUGGGAUAUCUUCUAAUAAAAUUGAGAAAAGGUAUGAUUUUAUAAUAUUUAAAGGAACUUUACCAUGGGAAUAAUUGCCUGAAUAGUUGAUGGGGAAAAAGAAAAUAGAAUGUUUAAAAUCAAAUGAAUUAUUAUAAGGACUUCCAUAUGAAUUUAGAUUUUUCUUUCAAUAAAUCAAUUUAUUUAAUGAAGAACCAAAACAUUAAUACUUGAUUAAGUUGUUAAAUUCAAUUAUGCUAAAAUAUUGCAAGACUACACAACAUUGCAUUACAGAACUAAACUAAUUAACUCCAAUUACUGAAAUUUCAAAUGAAACAGGUUCAUCAAUGGAUAGUUGUUAUCUUUGUACAAUAAUCCCUUAGAAUAUGAGUCAUUUGAAUGUAUUGACAAAUAGAGAAUAAGACUCAUCAAUUGAAGAAAAGCUUAAGAGAUUGUAAUUGAUAUCUAAAUAAUAUAAACUUAUUAGUAACCUAUGA